AUGGAGGGCAGUGGGGACUCAUCUUGGUGCUUCCCUCACUUGAACAGCUCGUGCAGGCGUCUGCAGCAGCCUCUCUCCUCCACAGCGCUCAUUUACACUCUUCUGGCUCUGAUUUCUUUGCUCACUGUCGUUCUCAAUCUGCUGGUGAUUGUGUCCAUCUUUCACUUUAGGCAGCUGCACACGCCCACCAACGCCCUGCUGCAGUCCCUGGCUGUGUCUGACCUGGUGGUGGGUUUGCUGGUGAUGCCUAUAGAGGGGGUGCGGAACAUGGAGAUGUGCUGGCUGCUGGGCAGGCUGCUGUGUGCUCUCACUCCUUAUGUGUCCUACUGCCUGCUGUCAGCCUCUUUAGGAAACAUGGUGCUCAUCUCUAUAGACCGCUACCUGGCCAUCUGUGACCCUCUGCUCUACUCGUCCAAAGUGAGCCUGAGCAGAGUGCGUGUGCUCAUCUGUCUGUGCUGGGCCUGUUCUCUGCUCUAUAACGGCUGUAUUCUGAUGGGACACCUGAGCCAGCCCCAGCGCUACAGCACCUGUCACGGAGAGUGUGUGGUGGUCAUUACUCACACCGCAGGAACCGUUGACCUGCUUGUUUCUUUUGUGACACCGUGCACAAUCAUGGUUGUACUGUACAUCCGUGUGUUUGCAGCAGCUGUAGCUCAAGUACGAGCCGGUCGGAAAAGAGUAACCUCAAAUGUAGAGGAAACAGGCCCCAGAGUGAAACGCUCUGAGACCAAAGCGGCCAGGACUCUGGGCAUUGUCGUAGCAGUGUUUCUAAUGUGUUUCUGUCCUUUUUACUAUCCCGCAUUCACAGGAGAGGACACGUCCACCAGUCUGUCUUACUACGCACUCUUGUCCUGGAUCAUGCUGCUGAACUCGAGCAUGAACCCUCUGAUUUAUGCCAUGUUUUAUCCCUGGUUUAGAAAAGCUGUUAAACUCAUCAUCACAUUCAGAAUACUGCAGCCCCACUCCAAAGAGGCCAUUGUCCUCUAG